CUGGAAAACGAUGGCUUUGUGGUUAUUGAGGACUUCUUGUCCGAAAAAGAGGUGGAAGAGAUGAAAGAAGAGGCUGGUAAUUUAAUCAAAUCUAUGCCCGAGCGAUCCAAGAGAACCGUGUUUAGUACAACAACAACAUCAGUUACUUUUUUGAAGCUGGUGCAUUGGAUGGCGAAGGAAACCUUUUGGUAGAUAGCAAGGUGUCUUUGAACAAAAUUGGACAUGCUCUUCACAGUUUGAUUCCGGUUUUCCGAAAAGUUAGUCUGAGCGAAAAAGUAAAGGAAUGUGCAUUUCAAUUGGGCUUUCAAGAUCCGGCUAUAUGUCAAAGCAUGUACAUUUUCAAAAACCCGGGGAUUGGAAGUGAAG